UAUGGAAACUCUCGUUCUCCCAACCUCCUUAAUCUCUGUCAUACUGAGUAUAUUUAUGAAUUUUUUUGUAAUUUAGUUUGAUUACCAUGUUAUUACUAUUUUGACUAGAAUGGUUAGAAUGGAGGUCGAAGGUAGCCCUGAUAGUUUCAAGGGCACCCAUUAUAGCAAUGAAGAUACCGACUCUGAAUUUGCUGGAUCUGAUUAUGACAAUGAAGAUACCUCAGAAUUGGAUGAAGAAGAAUGUGAAGUGUUAAAAACCGAACAUAUCAAUGAAAUGUUGGAUUUGGAAAGACAGUUUCUUGCUCUCAAAGAACAAUUGUAUAUGGAGAGGAUAAAGCAGAUUGAAAAAAAACUUGAAGAGGUCAAAGCUGGUAAUGCUCAAGAGUAUCUCGGACCAGUUGACGAUCUUCAUCACCAAAUGGAAAUUAGAAUGAAAGUAGCCGGUAUCCUUAAAGAAUUCAAGUUCAAAAACGUUAAUAUUCAAUAUGAAGCUGAAAAGCAAGCUGUUGAUCAAAACUUCCAGAGUGAAAAAAACUUAGCUCGAGACCAGAUACGUCGAGAAUUAGAGGAAAGAAUCCGAAGACUGGAAGAAGAUCGUAAUUCUGUAGACCUUUGGGGUGAUUCCCUUUACAAUCCGAAAAAGAAGAGAAGGAUUGGCAAUAAUGGAAGCACAUAUUACGAAGUUGGACCGAGUAGAGAUCAAUUACAUUUACUUGAUAGACGUAGAAAACCCGUUCCUGUUUCUGGUCCUUAUAUUGUUUAUAUGUUGAAAGAUUCUGAGAUUAUUGAUGAUUGGACUCAAAUCAGAAAAGCUUGUCGCUCAACUGCUAACCUCACUGACCCUCUCAUGCUCUCUUCCCCCAUAUAAACACAAUAUCGAUUGUUAAAUACAUCUUUUGCAUUUUGAGAAAAUAAUAACAUUUUAUUUUAUUGGUAAAUUGA